AUGACACCAGCAGAUGUUUGUGGAGCUGGCAUGAAAAUGGCUUCUCAGUGGAACACUGCCCGUGUGAGCAGAGCAGAGAGGAAGGUGCCCCACACCCGUAUGGAGGAUGAGGCUGACCUCCAGCAAAUAUGCUCAUUUGGGAGGAAAUUAGGUCAAGGUAGCUUUGGGGUCGUCUGUGAAGCCACCCACAACGAGACAAGGAAGAAAUGGGCUAUUAAGAAGGUGAACAAAGAGAAGGCUGGAAGUUCAGGUGUCAAACUGUGGGAACGGGAAGUGAGCAUCCUGAAACGUGUGAAUCAUGCACACAUAAUACAUCUGGAUGAAGUAUUUGAAACACAAAAGAGGAUGGAUCUGGUUACAGAGCUGUGUGAGAGAGGGGAGCACAAGGAGCUCCUUCAGAAGAACACACGCUUCACAGAGGAGGAGACCAGGCACAUCAUCAAGGCCAUCGUCUACCUGCAUAAGAAGGACAUAGUUCACCGGGACCUGAAACUAGAGAACAUUCUAGUGAAGAGUUAUCAUCAUGGUGUUGAUAAUGACAUGAUCAAUAUCAAGGUGACAGACUUUGGGUUGUCAGUGAAGAAGGGGGGUGUUGGCAGUGAAAACAUGCUGAAAGCCACCUGUGGGACUCCUAUCUACAUGGCUCCUGAGGUGAUCAAUGCUCAUGAGUAGUGUGAUGUGUGGAGUAUUGGGGUCAUCAUGUACAUGCUGCUGUGUGGGGAACCUCCAUUCAUCGCCACCUCUGAGGAAAGACUCUUUGAGAUAAUCAAGAAGGGAGAACUCCACUUUGUCGGACCCAUCUGGGACUCUAUCAGUGAUGCAGCCAAAAAAGUGUUGAGUUGCCUCCUGAAAGUUGAACCCCUUCGCAUCACAGCCAAUGAGCUGCUGGAUAACCCCUGGAUACAGGGUGACACCAACACUUUGGCCACACCCACCAACGUGCUGGAGAUGAUGCGUCUGUACCGGGAUGACCCAGAGGAGGUGGAGAGUGAGGAGGAGAGCGAGGUGGUCAGUGACGUGCUGAACGAACUCUCUGUCAGCUGCUCCCAGGACAGCCUGACCCUGGAGCCCAGGGCAACACUGGAGGACGGGGCAGGAUCAGAGCAUACAGUAACACUGGAACCUAGGAUUAGGCCUGAGAACAGGGGUGGAGGGUGGGGCCAGGCUGGAGGACCAGGUAAAGCCGGAGCCCAGGGUGGCUUCAGCAUGCAGGAACAUUGCUGAGCUCAGCUAUGAGGGAGACACAGACAGUAGCAGCAGCAAACCCACCACCCCCACCAAACAGGUACUGUAGUACACAGUUACCACACAUACUGUACACACAACUCAGUCACGCCAUCAUGAACUGCC